CACUUCCUUCCAACUGCCUGAGCAAGUCCAGUAACAGGUCCAUCGUCCUCAUCACUUUUGCAGACAAAGAAGACUUCCCUGUGAAGUUAGAGGCUUGCGGGUGGCGAUCUGAGGCUCAGAUUACGCUCGGAAUGAUGAUCAUGGACCUGACGAUGCCGAACGCAUACGACACCCGACACGCGUCCCCCCUCGCUGCGUAUAAGCCCACAGGAUAUGUCUUAGGCGAUCAGUAGUCAUCCUCCUGUCUCCACUUUCACCAUGCCCUCCCUCGCCGCAGCACGCGCCGCGAAUGCUGCAUUCAAGUUCACCGCCAACCCUGUCAACGCCGUCUUCGUCGGCGGCACGAGCGGGAUCGGUCACGGUAUGGCCUACGCUCUCGCUCGCGCGACCAAGGGGAACGCGCGCAUCGUGAUAGUUGGUCGCAACCAGGCUGCCGCGAAGGAGCUCAUUGCGUCCUUCCCCUCCCCCGCGAACACCCUCUCCUCCUUCGUCCCCUGCGACGUCACCUUGAUGCGCAAUGUACAUGCAGCAGCGAAGGACAUCAAGCUCCAGCUGCCCACGAUUAACUACCUCGUCAUCUCCGCUGGCUUCUUCUCGCUCAAUGGGCGGACGGACACGGACGAAGGCAUCGAUCGGAAGCUCGCGGCACACUACUACGCGCGGUGGACCUCCAUCAACGACUUGCUGCCGCAGGUGAAGGCGGCGCAGGAGAAAGGGGAGGACGCAAAGGUCAUGAGCGUGUUCUCGGCGGGGCACGGGGGCCCUAUCGACGUUGACGAUCUGGGCUUGAAGCGUACAUACUCGCUGAAGAACGCCGCUGACCAGGGCACCACCUACAAUGACCUUGCGCUGGAGGAAUUCGCCGCCCGCAAUCCCACCAUCUCCUUCUCGCACAUCUACCCUGGCGGUGUACGCACGGGCAUCAUCAAGAACUCCAACUCCUACCUCAUCAAGGCCAUGUCUUACGCGCUCUACCCCCUCGCCUACCUUGCCAGCGUCCCCGAGGAAGUGUGUGCGGACUACAUGACCUACGCGCUGUUGCAUGCGAAACCUGGCUUCUCGCGGUUCGACAACCACGGAGACGAUAUUGGACGCAAGAACUACGACGGGACGGAGGAGCAGAGGAAGAAGCUGUGGGAACACACAAUCCAGGAGACGCAUUCUCAGCCUACGUCCUAGGUUUAAUGUGGUGCUGACUGAGGCUUCGCGCGUCAGAGCGGAGAUGCCUCGCAUCGCCUGGGAGGUUUGGACCAGGGAUGACCUGAUGUUGGGUAGACUCGGUGAGGGUUCGUGUGUUUGCUUUACUGUGUAUUGUUCCUUCCGGUCCUAUGUAUGACAUGUUGGCUCUUCUAAUACUAGGAUGCCGUAAUGUGCGCCUACAACUCUCAUGCCGUUGACAGAACCUGGGCAGACUGCAUGUCUUGGGCGUCUUCGGGAUGCAUCUUUAGCG